AUGGCUAUCAGAACAUCGAGAUCUCCUAAAGCCAUCUUCUCUUCAUCUUCUUCCCCUUGUUCCAACUGGAUCUAUGACGUUUUCUUGUGUUUCAGAGGUGAGGACACUGGCAAAAACUUCACCGACCACCUCUACUUUGCUUUGAGAGAUGCUGGAAUCAAAAUCUUUAAAGAUGACAAUGAGCUCCGAAAAGGACAAUACCUUGCAUCUGAACUGAUACGGGCAAUCCAAGGAUCCAAAAUCUCUAUCAUUGUUUUCUCAAGGAACUAUGUGGCUUCGAGGUGGUGCCUGGAGGAACUUGUGGAAAUUAUGGAGUGUCGAAGAACUUUGAAGCAACUCAUUCUACCUAUAUUCUAUGAUGUUGAGCCCUCUAAUGUGAGAAACCAGACAGGUAGUUUUGCAAAAGCAUUUGCGAAACAUGAAGAGCAUUACUUGUUGGACAUAGAUAAAGUUCUCAAGUGGAGAAGAGCUUUGUGUGAGGCUGCUAAUUUGUCAGGGUGGGAUCUAAGAAAAACUGCAGACGGGCAUGAAGCAAAGUUUAUUAGGAAAAUUGUUGAAGAGAUUUCAAGAGAACUAAAAAACACACACUUGUUUAUAGCACUCUACCCAGUUGGAGUAGAUUCUCAUGUUCAAGAGAUAACUUUUGGGUUAAAUGUUGGAGCUAACGAUAUUCGCAUGGUAGGAAUCUUGGGAAUGGGCGGAAUUGGCAAAACAACCAUUGCUAAAGCCAUUUAUAACCAAUUUUUUCAGGGAUUUGAAGGUAAAAGUUUUCUUGCAAAUGUUAGGGAAACUUCCAAGGAACCUAGGGGUCAGGUUCAUCUCCAAGAACAACUUCUUUCUGACAUCUUGAAGACAAGUGAGAUAAAGAUAAGUAGUGUUGAUAAAGGAAUCAAUAUGAUUAAAAAAAGACUUGUUAAUAAAGCACUACUUGUGAUACUUGAUGAUGUAGACCAAAUGGAGCAAUUGAAUGCCAUAUGUAGAAGGCGUGAAUGGUUUGGUUUGGGAAGUAGAAUUAUUAUAACAACGAGAGAUGAGCAUUUGCUAAAGGAGUUAGAAGUGGAUAGUGUAUAUAGAGUUACAGCAAUGAAUGACAUUGACUCUCUUGAGCUCUUUAGUUGGCAUGCCUUUAGGAAUAGUUAUCCUAUAAAAGAUUAUACUGAUUUGUCAAGAAGUGUCGUUGCUUACUGUGGAGGGUUGCCACUAGCACUUGAAGUUUUGGGCUCAUUCCUUUUCUCUAGGAGCAUGCUAGAAUGGAAAAGUGCAUUAAAUAAAUUGAAGAGAAUUCCUCAUGAGCAAAUUCAAAAUAAACUUAGAAUAAGUUUUGAUGGACUAAGCGACAAUACUGAAAAGGAUAUAUUCCUUGACAUAUCAUGUUUCUUCAUAGGAAUGGAUAUAGACUAUGUUGUAAAAAUAUUGGAUGACUGUGGUUUUUUUGCAAAGAUUGGAAUUAGUGUCCUCAUUCAGCGGUGUCUUCUUAAAGCUAGUGAGACAAACAAGUUUACAAUGCAUGAUUUGUUGCGAGACAUGGGAAGAGAAAUCGUUCGUGAAAAACACCCCAACAAACCUGGGAAAUGGAGUAGAUUAUGGCUGCAUGAGGAUGCGUUUGAUAUAUUGACAAACCACGAGGGAACAAAUGCAGUUGAAGGACUUACUUUAAAAUUGACAAGUCUAAGUAAGAUGAAUUUCAAUUCAGAAGCAUUUAUGAAGAUGCAGAGACUAAGAUUACUCCAACUUGAUCACGUUCGACUCACUGGAGACUAUAAAUAUCUUUCCAAAGAAUUAAGGUGGCUCUGUUGGCAUGGAUUCCCUCUAAAGUUUAUUCCAAAUGACUUUUAUCCAAGAAACUUAGUUGUGAUUGACUUGCAAUAUAGCAAUCUCAAAAAAUUUUGGGAAAGUCCCAAGUUGCUUGAGAAGAUGAAAAUUAUAAAUCUCAGUCACUCUAAUUAUCUGAGCCAAACCCCUGACUUUUCAAAACUUCCAAAUCUAGAGCAAUUAAUACUUGAAGAUUGUACGAGUUUGCUUGAGGUUCACCACUCCAUUGGAGAUCUUAGUAAUCUUGUUUUGGUGAAUUUGAAAGAUUGCAAAUGCCUUAAAAGUUUGCCAAGGAGUUUCUAUAAGUUGAAGUCUCUAGAAACUCUCAUUCUUUCUGGGUGUUCUAAAAUGCACAAUUUGGCUGACAACUUGGGGGAGAUGGAUUUAUUGACAACUCUUCUUGUAGACAGAACUGCUAUAAGACAAGAAUGGGGUGGAAUUGGUCAAUUGUUUGGCAUUGUCCUCCCCGGAAAUCAAAUCCCCAAUUGGUUCACGUAUCAAUGUGAGGGACCCUCGGUACAUUUUAAAGUACCUACUGCUGGUCCCAUAUUGAAAGAGUUCGGUGUACGUGUUGUCUUUGCAUCACGUGUUCAUGUAUUCUCUUCAUAUAAAGGUAGCAUGUCAUUUAUCAACCAUACCAAGAAUACUAUUCUGAUUGAUUUGGCAGCAACAAUUGGUGGCCCAUUCCUUCCUGGAGAUCACCUAUUCCUACACGAUCACCUAUUCCUACGCAAUAUCGUUCGUACCAAUGAUUUUGAGGACGGUGAUGAAGUAGAGGUUCUUGUAGAUUGGGGGCCUGAAAUCAUUGUGAAGAAAAUAGGGGUCUAUCUAGUAUAUGAAAGGGUUGUUGAUGGAAAAGAUGAGGACCAUGCCAUUGUUGUCAGUGAUGCUGACUAUGACAAUAACAAUACAGAAAACAGAUGCUCCUCUAAGAGAAAAAUGAGAUCUCCAAAUAUGAUUGAGGAUUCACAAACUAUGAUGAAAGAGAAAAAGCUCAAAAAGCUUGCUACAAAGGAAAAUGAGUAUUCUUUUGACUCUUUUGUGACGAGAUCUCAAAAGUUUCAAUUUGAGUGGUUGUAA